UCUUCUUCUUCUGCUUCUUAUAGGUUCUCUCUCCUUCUCUUCACUCAAAAGUGGAAUCCCUAACCUAGCUUAUUUUUCUCCGAUAAACGACGCCGUUAGGGCACCUAUAUUCUAUCUUGUGUAGUUUAACUAUUUCAUUAUACAAAUACAAGAAGAAGGAGAAGAAUGCAGGCUCCGGUGCUCGUUCUCAAGGAUUCUUUGAAACGUGAGUCCGGUACUAAAGUACACCAUGCCAACAUUCAGGCUUCCAAGGCUGUUGCUGACAUUAUACGCACAACAUUGGGUCCCCGAUCCAUGCUGAAAAUGUUACUUGAUGCUGCUGGAGGAAUUGUUGUUACUAAUGAUGGGAAUGCUAUUCUUCGUGAACUAGAUCUUGCUCACCCAGCAGCAAAGUCAAUGAUUGAAUUGAGCCGUACACAAGAUGAAGAAGUAGGAGAUGGGACAACAUCAGUGAUUGUUCUUGCUGGAGAGAUGCUCCAUGUUGCUGAAGCCUUUAUUGACAAGAGUUAUCAUCCUACUGUCAUUUGCCGAGCCUACAUUAAAGCUCUAGAAGAUGCCAUUGCUGUACUUGAUAAAAUUGCUAUGUCCAUUGAUGUCAAUGACCGUGCAACAUUGUUAGGUCUGGUUAAGAGCUGUAUAGGCACAAAGUUCACUAGUCAAUUUGGGGACCUAAUUGCUGAUCUAGCAAUUGAUGCCACCACCACAGUUGGGGUUGAUCUUGGCCAAGGAUUGCGAGAAGUGGAUAUCAAGAAGUAUAUUAAGGUUGAGAAGGUACCUGGUGGGCAGUUGGAGGAUUCUAAAGUUCUUAAAGGAGUUAUGUUCAACAAAGAUGUAGUUGCCCCUGGAAAAAUGAGAAGAAAGAUUGCUAACCCACGUAUUAUUCUUCUUGAUUGUCCAUUAGAAUACAAAAAGGGUGAGAACCAAACAAAUGCUGAGUUGGUUAAAGAAGAAGACUGGGCAGUCCUACUGAAAAUGGAAGAGGAAUAUAUUCAGAACAUGUGCAUGCAGAUACUGAAAUUUAAACCAGAUCUAGUAAUCACAGAGAAAGGACUCAGUGAUUUGGCAUGCCAUUAUUUGAGCAGGGCUGGUGUCGGUGCAAUCAGGAGGCUGAGGAAGACGGACAAUAAUAGAAUUGCUAAGGCAUGUGGGGCUGUUAUUGUGAACAGACCGGAGGAAUUGCAAGAGUCUGAUGUUGGUACUGGAGCUGGGCUAUUUGAAGUUAAGAAAAUUGGGGAUGAAUUCUUUUCUUUCAUUGUUGAUUGCAAAGAUCCAAAGGCUUGCACAGUUCUCUUGAGAGGUGCCAGUAAGGAUCUCCUAAAUGAAGUGGAAAGAAAUUUGCAGGAUGCCAUGUCUGUGGCCAGAAACAUACUCAAGAAUCCUAAACUUCUUCCUGGUGGUGGUGCUACAGAGUUAACUGUCUCUGCCACUCUCAAGCAAAAGAGUUCAUCUGUCGAAGGAAUAGAAAAGUGGCCAUAUGAAGCUGCUGCUUUAGCUUUUGAGGCUAUACCACGAACUUUGGCCCAGAAUUGCGGUGUCAAUGUGAUUCGAACAAUGACUGCCCUCCAAGGAAAACAUGCAAAUGGUGACAAUGCAUGGGUUGGCAUAGAUGGCAACACUGGUGAAAUUACUGAUAUGAAAGAGAGGAAGAUAUGGGACGCCUAUAAUGUGAAAGCACAAACCUUCAAGACAGCAAUAGAAGCAGCUUGUAUGCUUCUGAGAAUUGACGACAUUGUAAGUGGGAUCAAGAAGAAGCAGGCUCCAGGAGCAGGUCCAUCCAAGCCAAAGAUUGAGACUGAAGCAGAUGCAGAUGGUGAGCAGAUACUUCCUGACUGAGGAUAUGGAGCUAGCUGGCCUUGAACUAUUAUUCAAAUGCGCAGCUGUUUUUUUGGGACGGUUAAACGGUUUUUUAGGUGCGAGUUGAGCAUCCUUCAAAAUUUUGAGUGCUACUCUGUGGACUCUUGUUUUGCGUUAUUGUUCUAUCUGAAUUUCUACUUAAAUAGAGUUGGGAUUUCUUCCGUGUGCAUUAGUGGGACAUAGUAUUAUUAUUUAUUGGCACCUAUCCAAAUUGCUAGCUGGUUGAUAUAUGAAUAUGGUCCUUUGUAUUGUAAUGUCCAACUCCAAAGUUGUGCUAGAAGUCUUAUGUUGAGGAUACCUGUACUUGAAUUUUUUGAGAAAAAAGAAGAAAAAUUCCAGAGAUAUUUGAGACAAGAUCUCUUUGGGAGUAA